GUAUUUUAAAUGACAAGGAGGAACAAGAUAAAUGUUUGAAGUGGCUGUCAUCUCAGAAAAACGAAGUUGGAGACCAUGGUUUCACAAAAACAGAUUUUGUCAUCUUCUUCCUCAAUUACCUCCGUUCACAAACUGCUAGUUUUUUCGAACAAAAACCAGAACGAAAAACGAAAUCCGAUUGGAAAAGAGUUACCCCAGUUACCGAUAAGCCGCCUACCCCUGUCGUCAAACCUUUAUCCACAGGUGACACAGUCAGGAGGCUGUUUUCACCGGAAAGUGAGAACUCUGCUCAAAAUUGCGGCGUGCUUUCUUCUCCAAUCAAACAAAGAACGCACAAUGCUGACAACCGUUACUCUGUCAAUACCAGAGGCGCGCCACAAAUACUCUUCAACCCUCAAACUGGGCAUUACGAACAAGUUAAUCUAUCAAUGAACUAUCCUCCCAUUCAUCAUCAGCCCAGUAAUAGUAGCACCAUCGUACUUCCUUCUCAAGGUCAAGCCAAUUUGAGACAAGUGAUCUCACCUCCUAACCAAGCUGGACCUUGGAAUGGCCCUCAUGUGACGUCACCUCCGAACCAAGUAGGGCCGUGGAGUGGCCCUCAAUUGAGGUCAACGCCAGUUCAAGGUCACCCUCAGAGGAUGAAUGGUUCUCAAGUAAUGUUACCCAACCAGCCAGGACCUUGGAGUAAUUUUCAAGGUGUUAGCCUAGUGAUGUCUCCUCCAAACCAAGGUGGCCCUUGGAGUAAUACUCCUCAAGUCAUCCAAGGUCAAGGUGUCCAAAAGAUCAAUGCUAUACAGAGUGCCCCACUAGUCAUGUUACCUUCCAACCCGUCUGGGAAUCUUCAAGGUAUGAUGUCACCCCCAAGCCAAACCGGUCCUUGGAACAGUAUUCCACUGGGUGGUUCCCAAACCACACCACUAAGUCAUGGUGCCCAAAAGAGUGCCUCGCAAGUAACGACCACUUACCACACACCGCGUCGCACCAAUUUCCACCACUCCAACUCCAACAAUAGUCUGUUGUUUUCGAAUUCGAGUAGCUCGUCGGGGGUUUUGAGUCCUGAGUCGACGCCGAGACGGCGGUUUGGUGGCGGGGGUGGUGGUGGUGGAGGAGUAGGAGGAGGAGGAGGGACACCGAAAACCCCUUGUAUUGGAGAUUUUAUCGUGAGUGCUGCCUCCAAGAAGCAGGAUAAAAGACGGAAGAGGAUCAAACCGACCAGGCUGACUAUGUCGGCUGCUGAUUCUCAAUCUGAUGUAUCGAAUGCAUCAAGAAAGAGCAGCGAUGUAUUCACUGGCGUCCCUGAAUCCUCAACUGCUGACACGAACAAUCCAAACCGUGCCGCCAAUUUCGACGAGGAAAGAAAACUGCUGAAACAGUACAACAGACAGAAACAAGGCAACACAAAAAACGCAUCGAAAACUAGAAAGGAAACCAAUAAUGACCUACAACCUACUGCAAACAAUUCAGAAAGUAAAAAGAAAAAAGAGACUGAUGAUAGAACACCUACAAAGAAAGGGAAAGAAGAAUUAGAAGUGAAAGAGGAACUUAAUAAGGAUGGAUGUGAGGAGAAGAAGGAGGACGUUAGUAGUACGCCUACGAAAGCAGGGAAAGCCAAAGAAGAAUUGCAGAUGGAAGGCGAAGAUAACAAAGAUGGAAAUGGAAAGAAGAAGGAGAACGAUAGUAGGACGCCGAAAAAGAAAGUAAAGACCAAAGAAGAAGUGACGGUUGAAGAAGAAUUCAAUGAGAUGAAAAGUGUAGAGAAAUUGGAGAAGAAUAGUAGAACGCCAACGAAGAAAGGCAAACCAAAAGAAUCUAGUGAGAAAGUAAAACGUGAUGAAGUGAAAAUGAAAGAAAAUUCUACUAAGAAUGGGAGUGGAAAAGGAGAAACGACUGUAAAAGUAGAUGAUGUUCCUGGUCAGGAUAAAACGUUUAUACGACCUGAUCCGUCCAAAGUGACAAAUCCUGCAAUGUUGAGAAAAUUGGCGAUUGUUUACUGUGUUCUAUUAGACUGUAAUUUGGUGUUGAAUGUUACCACUGAGAUCCAUUUUGUUAUCAGUCUUCUGGCAGUGAACGUAGCCUUGAAGAGAAUUGAUAAACCUGGUGAUAAAUCUGGAGAAAAAACCCAAACAAACCAAAAUGUGAACGUGGUGUGUGAAGAAACACUUGUAGGGGUUGAAAAGCUUGAAUCAAGUGCUACUUCUCUAACUUCUUCUCCUCCUCCCCCUGUUCCUCUGUCUUCUUCUCCUUCUGUUCCUUCAACUCUUUCUCCCACCAAAACAGAUUCGAGGAAAGAAGGAACAGAUGUGAACGAAUUGUUGAGUGAUGUUCAUAAUAGUGUGUAUUUCGGGUGUUGUGUGCUGGCAAAGCAGUUGAAGUAUUUGCAGUUAUUGGAUAGAAAGACUUUGAAAUUGCUGGCGGAAAAUGAUAGAAUUGUAUUGUUUGCUCCGAGUUUGAAGAAGAAAGUAGCGAAGCUAUAUUCUGCCAAGGAGGUGUUUGUAGCACAUAAAGCACCUGCCAGCACUGGUCUCACGCCAGACACAAUUUGUCCGGUCCAGUUCCACCAGGAGACGGACAACCGCUGGACAUUCAGCUCGGACAAUAGUUUCGCCACUUUCCGCAAGCAGCGCGACGAGCUCUACAGCAUACUGCAGGCGUGGAGCAAAGGGGCGGGGGUGGGCGUGGCCCAGGGGUCAUCGACCUCUUUCGCCAAGGUCAGAGGGCGAGUGGACAAGCUGCUAGCCAUGUCACAGGAUCCUAUCAACGUGCGACAUUUGGCUAAGCAUUUUUGCGAUCUGUUGUUGAAGGCUGUUGCUACGUGUGAGGAAAACAUUAUUAAAGAACUAGAAAACCUGCCAGAUGUGAACAAGAGCAAGCUGUCCUUGUUAACAAAACGUUUAACAGAACCUUCCUCAGAGAAAAUCGCCAGUCCAAGACCGGAAACGAGUUUUCCUGGUUUCCAACAGUUCUAUCACGAUUUUCUGGUCAUAGCUAGCCAGAAUUUCCUCUUCAAUGUCCACCUGAUCAACUGUUUUGUGAAUGAGAUUACAGUCCGCAGUGGUGCAUCUUAUGACAUCGAUCAAUCAGAUGGAGAAGGUCAAGUGGUUCAAGAAGAAACGCGGCAAAUGUUUGUGCAAGGACUAAACUCGUUGUGCGUGUUGGCCAAAUUUCUGGGUCUCGUUGUGUUUGCUCCCUACAGAUCAUCGUCUGAGAUCUCAAAAUCAGUACUGCAGGAAGAAAUCACCGUUAGGAAACAGCUAGCCCCACCUCUCAACCUGGAAUGGCAUGUGAACGAGGCCGUGCGGCGAGGCAGCCUGGUUUACACGGUGCCCUGGGUGGUCGAGUACCUCGCCAUGAUGGACUCAGUGGCACCUCACUUGCCCUGCUACCAGCCGGUGCUCGUCACUCUCUACAAUGUAUACACGCUCUGCUCGCCGUAUAGGGCUUUGUCGCCGUCGCACAGGCUGGAGCAGCAGAAGAGAGGCAAUAAGGAGGAGAAGGCUUCAGAGGAGGAAGAGAAGAGUGAAAAGCUGGAGAAGACGUCACAAGAAGAGAAGAAUGGAAAUAAGGAGAAGGUUGUGAUAUCGGAAGAGGGUGAGGAGAUUAGAAAACCGGAGAAAGUGGGAUCAGAAGAGGAGGAGAAGAAUGGAAGACAGAAGACACCAAAGAAGAAGGAAACGAAUGGAAAGCUGAAGAAAACAACAGAAGAGAAGGAGAAGGUUGGAAGGCUGGAGAAAGUGGGAUUCGAAUAUGGAAAUCAUGGUGAAUUUAGGAUGGAAGAUGGAAAUCAGGAGAUAGUGAGGUCUACAGAUAGAGAUCAAGAGAAAUUGGGCUCGAAAGAUGGUAAUCAGCAGGAAUUAGAGAUAGAAGAUGUAAUGCAGGGUAUAUUUGUGUCAAACGAUGAUGAAUCUGUUUCAAAGGAUGCUUCAAUUAUCUCAAAAGAUGAAACAAAUGUCUCAAACGUAGAGACAACUGUCUCAAAAGAUGUAAUACACGAUGAGUCGUUGUCAAAAUGUGUAAACGACAAUCAACCGCUUUCGAAAGAAGGACCGGAGGGUAGCAAGUUUGUGAAAGCUGAAUUGGUAAAGAAAUUGUUUACAGAUGAUGAUUGUGGCCGAGUGAUGGAGUUGUCUCCUUUCACUUGCUCGCUGCUUCGUCUGUGUUUGGGCUGGCUGUUCGAUUCCGCCAAUUUCUCUCAAGAGCUGAUCAACAGAGUCGCUCUGCUGAGUGAUGUCGACCGAUUCCUUGUAGAAAAAGUGCAACCAACCCGCAACCAAGUGACAAUGGACAGUUGCUCAGAUCUGGUCACCCUCGAAAUAGUCCACAAAUUCUGUCCGUAUUUGAAGAGUUUCCAUGCACUUUUGGCCAGGAAGAAUACGGCGAUUACUUUGGGAAGUGUGAAGCACGUCACUCCCAUAUCAAGUACCGGCAGCCUUAUAUCUUCAGCUACCAGCGCUUCGCUUGUAGGCCUACCACCCGAAAUCUCUAUGCAGCUGCAAAUGGAGGACCACUUCUUCAUGGGCCAAUCGGAGUCGGUGAAGAGGACAGUUGAGUUUGUGGCGGAGCGCACUGCUUCGGCCUGCAUCAAGGAGGUCAUCGCAACUGUCAUCGUCGCUCUCAAGAAGAAGGUCUCCGAUUCCUUGCAGCACGCAGAUAACAAGGUGGACCUACAACAGUUGGCGUUGGAAUACAGACAGCGUGUAAUGCAUCAGCUGACGUCAGUGCAGGAGACUCGACUGAGCGUUGCUCUGCAGGCACUGUUGGGUCCAGACGUGACGUCACACGCGCUCACGCUGUGUAAGCAAAUCACGGCAAGGCACUUCCAGGAGCGAGUUGUCAACUGGCUGCAGUCGCAUAUAAAUAUUCAAGAAAUACUGUCGAAAGUGCUGACCAACCACGAGAAAGAGCAGAAAACUAGUAACAAUGAUGAAGACGAUGAUGCUAUGGAAGAUUCUUUCGAAGUAGAUAAAUUGGAACAGAACAAAGUUAAUGAGGAGGAUAAUUCGAGUAGAAAUUUUUCCAUGUACGAAGUUACUGUUUGCUCGAGUACUCUGAUUCAUAUUCAGACUAUUGUCGGUGAUGCAUUGGAGUCGUUCGGUAAGCAGGGAAUGAAAACUGCUGAUGAAACACUAGAACUUAUUUCAGAUGUUAAAAGGAGUUUGAAGAAAUGUCCAAGUCUUGCCAUAAAGAAACAGAUAUGCAUAGCUCUGCUGGAUUACAUCAUACUUAUGAUCUCGUUCCGGCCGGCCGAGGUUGGCGAUGACGUCAUCGAUGAGCUGAUGGGCGUUUUGCUAGAUGGCGGAGUGGACGAUGGGAAGGUGUGGACGCAGCGCAACGUGAUGCUACUGGUGCAGGGGGGCGACGCCACAGCCGCGCAACAGCGACUGUCGCGACUCACUGUCGCGCUGGUCGCUGCCGACCUCUUGUCAGUCGCGCGACUCGAGCAACAGGUGGUCAGCCUCUUCAGGUGUAUCUGGCCCGAUAACGUGUUGCAGAUGAUAUCCGAAGGCGUUCGUUGCACAGUGACUGACCUCAAACAAAAGACUCGCUGUGAUCCCGAAUUUCUUGAUCUUUUGUCGGUCAUUGCCGCUGAUAUUAGCACAGAUAUUGAUUACGAUUUAUAGUUACUCCAAUCACCAGAUUUCAAAUAUUUGAUGACAAUGUUGAGCUCCAACAUUUAGUAUUUUAUCUAUGUUAUCAUUUAAUUGUAUGAUCUCUGUUUAUAUUGGGAGACUCAUUUUGAAUACAAUAACAUAUUGUAAAUUUCAUUUUUUAUAAUAUAUUCCACUUGCAAAGUUAAUUCCAAAGUGGAAUUAACAAUAUUCAAGUGUUUUUAUUAAUUGUAUAAUGUUUAUAGUAUCAAUCGAUUACUCACAUGAUACUUCACCAAAUGUAUUGUAUAAAGCAAUUGUUACAAUAAUUUUACCAAAUGUAAGACUAGAACUUGACAGUUGACUAAAUAAACCUAUUUAUUUUUCUCAAAAA